AUGACUCUUCGUGGGACCCUUAAGGGUCAUGGAGGUUGGGUUACGCAAAUUGCCACCAACCCAAUUAAUCAAGAUAAUAUCGUUUCUGCUUCCAGAGACAAGACUCUGAUUUUGUGGCAGUUAACAAAGGAUGAUCAUCAGUUUGGAUAUGCAAAAAAAUCUUUGAAAGGACACAACAACUUUGUGUCUGAUGUUGUCAUGUCUUCUGAUGGUAAUUUUGCUCUCUCUAGCUCCUGGGAUGCCACAUUGCGCUUGUGGGAUUUAAACCAAGGAACCACCAGUCGUCGCUUUGUUGGCCACACCAAGGAUGUUCUCAGCGUUUCCUUCUCGGCUGACAACCGUCAGAUUGUGUCUGGCUCUCGUGACAGAACUAUCAAACUGUGGAAUACUCUUGGUGUUUGCAAAUACACUAUUACGGAGGAUAGCCAUCCUGAUUGGGUGUCCUGUGUAAGAUUUUCUCCCAGCACUGCCAAUCCAAUUAUUGUGUCUUGCUCAUGGGACAAAAUUGUCAAGGUUUGGAAUCUUACCAACUGCAAGCUGAAGACCAACCACUAUGGGCACAGUGGCUACUUGAAUACUGUGACUGUUUCUCCUGAUGGAUCACUCUGUGCUUCUGGUGGCAAGGAUGGCCAAGCUAUGCUGUGGGAUCUUGGAGAAGGCAAACACUUAUACACUUUAGAUGGUGGUGAUGUGAUCAAUGCCUUGUGUUUCAGUCCUAACAGAUAUUGGCUGUGUGCUGCAACUGGACCAAGCAUCAAGAUUUGGGAUCUUGAAGGCAAGAAUGUUGUUGAUGAGCUGCGUCCAGAAGUGAUCACCCAGAGUACAAAGUCACAGCCACUUUGCACAUGCCUUGCCUGGUCUGCUGAUGGUCAAACUCUGUUUGCUGGCUACACGGAUAACAAUAUCCGUGUUUGGCAAGUCUCCACUGCCACUCGAUAA